ACCGCCAAACUCCGGCGACAUGGCCACUGCAUUCCUAGCCUUCUACCCUGCCUCACCGCCUUUUCUCUGCUCGAUGGGCCGUCGUCUGGCGUCCACGAUCAAAGCGACCUCGAUAUACUCGGAGAAAUCGGCAACUUCCUUUUCUUCGCCGGAUCCGGAGCUGCCGCUGCGUAAGAUCCCCGGCGACUACGGCCUCCCCUUCAUUGGCCCUAUCUCCGACCGCCUCGCCUACUUCUACCACCAGGGUUGCGAGGAAUUUUUCAAAUCCCGCAUGCGGUUCCACAACUCGACCGUCUACCGCGUCAACAUGCCCCCCGGCCCGUUCCUCGCCGCAGACCCCCGCGUCAUCGUCCUCCUCGAUGCUGCCAGCUUCCCGGUCCUCUUCGACACGUCCCGCAUCGAGAAGCGCGACCUCUUCACUGGCACCUUCAUGCCCUCCACUGAACUCACCGGAGGCUUCCGCGUCCUCUCCUAUCUCGACCCCUCGGAGCCAAACCAUGCUCCCCUCAAGCGCUUGCUCUUCUUCCUCCUCUCCCGUCGCCGCCACGCCGUGAUCCCCGAGUUCCGCCGCACCUAUGGCACCCUCUUCGAAGCCAUGGAGGCCGAGAUCGCUGACGGCAGCCGGGCCGACUUCGGCGCUGCGAAUGACCGAGCGGCCUUCGACUUCCUCGCGCGCGCUUUCUUCGACCGAGAUCCGGAGGCCUCUGAGAUGGGCCUAGAUGGGCCGGGCUUGAUCACUAAAUGGGUUCUCUUUCAGCUAGGGCCGCUCCUAACCCUCGGCCUCCCAGCCUACCUCGAGGACCUCCUCCUCCACUCCUUCCGCCUCCCGCCGGCCCUAAUCCGUGCCGACUACCAUCGUCUCGCCGAGUUCUUCCGCGAGUCAGCAGGGCCAGUGGUCGACGAGGCCGAGCGCCUCGGCAUCUCGCGAGAGGAAGCCCUCCACAACAUCCUCUUCGCUACCUGCUUCAAUUCCUUCGGCGGCAUGAAGAUCCUCUUCCCCAACCUGGUGAAGUUGAUCGGCCGCGCUGGGGCGCGGCUCCACGGACGCCUGGCGCAGGAGGUGCGCGACGCGGUGCGCGAGGUCGGUGGUGGGGAGGUGACGAUGCGGGCGGUGGAGGCGAUGCCACUGACGGCGUCGGCGGUGUACGAGGCGCUCCGGAUCGAGCCACCGGUGCCGAUGCAAUACGGGCGGGCAAAGCGGGACCUAGUGGUGACCAGCCACGACGCCGCGUUCGAGGUGCGCGCGGGGGAGAUGCUGUUCGGGUACCAGCCGUUCGCGACGCGCGACCCGCGGGUGUUCGAUCGGCCCGAGGAGUUCGUGGCGGACAGGUUCUUAGGAGCGGAGGGGGCGGCGCUGCUGCGGCACGUGUUGUGGUCGAAUGGGCCGGAGACGGAGGCGCCGACGACGGAGAACAAGCAGUGCGCCGGAAAAGACUUCGCGGUGAUGAUAGCGCGGCUGUUGCUCGUCGAGAUUUUCCUGCGCUAUGACUCCUUCGAGAUUGAGGUUGGGACGUCGACGAUCGGUUCCUCCGUCAAGCUCACCUCGCUCAAGAAAGCAACCUUCUGAUACGAGGCGAGGAAAUAGCAAUCGAGAUAUUUAGCUAAUGUCUUUAAGUAGUGCGUUUCACGUGAGUAACAAAGUCUGUUAUUAAAAAAAAAAUAAAAUAAUAAUCAUCCAACAACCAUUAAUCCAUCAACCGCUAGAGUAAAUUAUUAACUCGAAGUUGAGCUAUUUACCAGACAUUUUUUUAUAAAAAAAAUCAACUUAUGAAAAAUCU